AUUCCGUGAGAUCAUUUGUCAACAAGACAUGGUUUUGUUAUCGUUGCGUAGUUCAUUAUUUUCGUUAAAACUGAGCCAUUGAGGCGAAUAGUUCGUCUUUGUUGCUUAUUGUCGAGUUUUGAGUCGCCUUCUGCACCAGUGUGUGUAAAGGCUUGACUUUAGCGUGUACUCUCACCUACAUCGAAUUUUUAUUAUUACACUUCGUCAAAGUAUCUGUGAUUUAAUUAUAGAUUGAAAAGAUGAAGGCUAUCCUGGUAGCAGUUCUUGGUCUCCUGGCUGUUUGCGCUCCAGCAUUCGCCACACAAUGCACCGUAAACCCGGUCAACAUUCCAAAAGAAUGGAUCACAAUGCAACGCCCGUGCCGCGACAGCAUGCGACGACAAAUACAAAUGGAAGUUGCCGCUUCGCUCCAAUAUUUGGCUAUGGGCGCGCACUUCUCUAAGGACACUAUCAACCGUCCCGGCUUUGCGAAACUGUUCUUCGACGCUGGAUCCGAGGAGCGCGGGCACGCGAUGAAGCUGAUCGAAUACCUGCUGAUGAGGGGAGAGCUCACCUCUGACGUCACCUCGCUCAUUCAAAUCAGGCCGCCAGAACGCAAAUCAUGGAGCAGCGGCGUGGAGGCGCUCGAGCACGCGGUGAAAAUGGAGAGUGACGUCACAAAGAGUAUCCGCACCGUCAUCUCGGAGUGCGAGAGCGACCCCAACUUCAACGAUUACCAUCUUGUCGACUACUUGACUGGUGAAUUCUUGGAAGAACAAUACAAGGGACAACGCGACCUUGCCGGCAAGGCUUCCACGCUCAAGAAGAUGAUGGACCGUCACGCUUCUCUCGGCGAAUUCAUCUUCGACAAGAAACUCCUUGGUAUCGACGUGUAAAUACUCAGCGCCGUGCCAUAUAGCCUUGCAAUAUAGUUAUAAACAUAUUAUAUUUUAAAACGGUACAAAUUAUCCCGCGCAUUUUGACUUUAGUUUGUUUCAUUUCGCGCGCCAAUUGGUAAAUGUAAAAAUUUGCUUCUCCUUGUAAACUCCUGUAAACAAAAUAAUUCCUUUGAAUGUCUAUGUAAAGUCACAUUUGUACAAAAUAUUGUACUAAACUGCUAUAAUCUUAUUUAAAUGUAAUAUCCAUUUAGAUUUUCAACUAGAAAUUGUACAAAAUGUAGUGUAAGAUUAAUUAUGUUAUAUAUUCUUUUAAAGCCUGUUUUAGCAGUCAAUUAAAGUAAUCUAGAACGCGUCGAAUUCUUAGGUUGGUACUAUUGGCUGUCAAAAUUGGCGCCAAAUAUCACAAUACUUCGUCUUAAAAUUACGUGAUUCAAAUAUUGUAGAAUUUGAAAACAACUUAGUUAUCAGCAGUCGAAUAAAUAUGUUUGUUAAUAUUCCUAUAAUAAAUAAAGUUUAGUCAUUCAUA